AUGUCGGCGCCAGCAGCACCGGCUGCGGCCGCACCCGCGGCGGCAGCGCCAGCAGUGCCAGUGUCGGCACCAGCGCCAGCAGUACCAGUGUCGGUACCAGAAGCGCCGGCAGUGGCAGCAUCAGUAGCAGCAGCACCGGCUGCGGCGGCAGCUCCUGCAGCAACGCCGCCUGCGGCGGCAGCACCUGCUGCAGCGGUGGCCGCGGCGUUUGCGUCAGCGCCUGCGGUGGCAGCGCCGGUGGCGGCGGCGCAGCAGCGCCAGCAAGCAGUUAGUAGCACCGACUGCGGUGGCGGCGCUAGUAGCGUUAGCGCCAACAGCGCUGACUGCAGCAACACUUGUUACAUGCUUGGUUCACCCUCGCUGUUUCCACUGACUCGAUGGCACGCUGUUCAGCAACACUCUAGGGUGCCUCAGAACCAGAACACUACUCCAAGGAGGUCAACCGUUACAGGAUAG